GUCUUAUUUUGUAUUCAUAGAAAGGCGUGGCUAGGCAUGAGGGCUGGAUAAAAGUUUGGAGUGUGCGUGAGGGGCGAAUAAAGAAGAGAAGACGAGCAGGGGAGCCAUUAUACCGAGGUCUGGGGGCUAAACUACUCCCCCCCAAUAUGUUUGUUUUGGUUGAAGAUUCUCCCGCGCGAAUUGGGAAUAACUUGUAUUAUAUGAGGAAUAGCGACGUAGUGUGACCCCCUUCUGGUAGUAACUGGUGGUAACUGACGGAGGAGAACCCACUACCCUUCACCCACUCGCAGACGCCGAGUCUAGAGAAGAAUAAAGAAUUCUUUGGGGGAUAUUUGUUAGCAUUUGAGGGUUGAGCCAGGCUGGGUAUGCCAAGAUGCCACGAAGCAAUAGACAGUCUACGAUUGGGUUCACACUCUCCCCCACCAAACGUCGCAGCAUUAUGCCUGAUAGUCCACGCUCCAAGAGACACUCAGUUCUUGAUGUGUCAAUGACAUCAGAUCAAGUUUUCCUUGAUGUACCAGAAAAUAAUGAUGAGCAGGAGAAAAAGGAGCGGCAGUUGAAUCGUCUACAGCAGCAGUUGCAGGCGAGGCAUUACUCUUCUCCCAGCUCAGCACAGCCUGACAAACGCAAGUCCCUCAGUGCCGUUGCUGGUCUCACUAAUCAGCAACUUACUGAGCACUAUGCAAAGUGCAUUCAGCUAUCUGCUGAAAAUAAAAUCAGUGUGAAGAAUGCAUUCAAUCUGCAGCUUAUUGACUACAUGUCUGAGAUGCUUAAAAGAAAAGAUUCAGAUAUGAACAACUUCCAGGUUGCUAGUUGUACCUUGGAUGCAAGCACAAAGAUUUAUGCUUACCGUGUUGACAGCGUUCAUACUGACACACUGAAAAUGGCAGGUGGCUUGGGGCGAACUCAGGAUAAAGAAAAGAAUAAGGAAGAUGAUGAUAUGAACAUAGAAGAUGGAGUCGAAGGAGAUAAAAAAAAACGGAAGGUAAAAAAGAAAGCUGUUGUGGAAACAAACCUAAAGAACAUCAAUGUUGCCAAAUUUGAUCUAGAAUUUGAUGUUGACCCUCUGUUUAAGAAGACUACCUCACAGUUUGAUGAAGGCCGCUCAGGGAGUGGACAAUUUCUCAAUGCUCUCCAUUUACAGGAUGAUUCAUGCUUCUUGAUUCUUGAUUCUGAAACAAUCAUGAUGGAUAUGUCCGGAGGCACAAUUCCUGCAAAGACGGAAAAAAUAUGUAUACCAAAACCAGGAGAUUUGAGCCAGUUGAUGAUAUGCCCAACAUUUGCAACCUUUGAGUUCACAACUUGGAAGUUAGGUGAUGAGGACUCCUUUUGUGAUGCAUCAAAAUUAAUGGACGAGAAGGAUGAUGACCAAGGUGGAAAUGACUCCCACAGAUUUGAUGUCAAUGCUAUACCAGCACCAAUUGGCAAUGAUGAAUUUGAUGCUGAUGAUGAGUAUGGAGCAGACCAGAUGGGAGACGACGACGAGUGCCCCGAGGAUGGCACUGUGGUCACCAUUGGACAUGAGGGGUACCAGAAAGCUCCACCACCUCUCAUGGAGGCUGUACACCUCAAGGAUCACCUGGCGCUAAACCCAUCUGAAUACUCCUACUUUGACAACCACUUGCUGUCAGCCUGGGCUGGCCCUGGACAUUGGAGAAUGAAACCGUUAUCUAAAGUAAAAACCAUUAGCAGCACUAAAGCAGAUGAGGCAAAAAAGAAGAAAAAGGAAUUGAUCAGUUUAAAAUAUGAGGAAGAAGAUCCAGAGAUUGCCAAGUUAUUUACUGUCACCCGCAAAGCGACCAAACUAUCAAAUUCCACUCUAAAAGUUUGGAGCAAAGAGAAAACCACCUUGCCUAUUGAUCUUCACUAUGAAUCAAGAAAUUUCACCAAAUUGUUUGGGCGUCCAGCAAUUGUCAUACAGAGGCAGAAAAAGGCAGCUACUGUGGAUGACAGCAUCCAUGAAUAUGACUAUGAUAACCAGAAUGAUAGAGAUAAUUAUUGUGCAGACGUGGAUGAUGGCGCGAGUGGCUAUGGUGACAACUCGGUACCAGGCUACGACAUGACCGAGCUGUUUAGUCAGACUGUUGUUGGCUCACAGCCACUCAAUGGAGAGGAUGCAGAGAAUAGAGCAUCUGACUUCUUAGAAAACUUAGUUACUGCUCCAAAUAAGGUGGCCAAAAUUACCAUCGGUUAUGCUCGAACUGCAAAAAAAGUUGACAUGAAGAAACUCAAGGGAACAUUGUGGAGUUUGCUUGCGGAUCCAGCAAAUAACAAGGAAAAUGAACGACAAUCAGAGAACCAAGCUGAUAACUUGCAGGAGAGCCUUGACAAAAUGGACCCCAAUCACAUUAUUGAAUUCUCUGGUAUAUACAAGAAACUGAGCCCAAAAUUGUCUUCGAAGAUGCAGGAGAACCUCUCGGUGCCAUUGGCAUUCAUCGCGCUCCUUCACUUGGCUAAUGAGCACAGCUUGAAGCUUUGUGACAGAGGAGACUUGUUGGACUUCACCAUCAUGCAAGGAUAGGGGGCUGUUGCCUCACCAUCAUGCAAAGAUAAGGGGCUGUCGCUUCACUAUGAUGCAAGGAUAGGGGACUGUUGCUUCACCAUAAUGCAAGGAUUGGGGCUGUCUCACCAAGUAAGGAUAGGGGGUUGUAACUCUCCAUCAUGGAUGGAUAGGGGGCUGUGCUUCACCAUCAUGCAAAAAUAGGGGGCAGUGUUUUGCCAUCAUGCAAGAAUUAGGGGCGGGCUGUGUUUCACCAUCACGCAAGAAUAGGGGGGUUGUGCAUCAGCAUUGUGCAAGGAUAAGGGUUUUGCUUCAUCGUGCAAGGAAUGGGGGCUGUUCAUCACAAGGGUCCAAGAAUAGGGGGCUGUGCUUUAGGCCAUUUUCAAAAUCCACCUUGGUAAUACCAACUUGUGGCCAGACUUUUUAUUUUUAGCUUGGGACUAAGGAGAUUGGAUGACCACUCUAUAAAAGGAACUUAAAUUACUGUCAUUCAGUGUCCCCAGUUCUGGAGUCAAUUCAUUGUAUAACACAAAAUUUUGGAAGCGGCCUCCAUGCAUAGUUUAAAGAGCAAAGAUGACAUCUUGACUCAAAGAUGACAAAGAUGACAUCCCUGUAGGCAGCGAUAGAUAUGCACAAGUUGGUGCCGCUAGACCGGUAUCAGAAUAUGAUGGUGUUCAACAUUGAUGUAGGUGAUGCUGUUAUGAUGCAUAUUACAUACCACUUGUACCUGAUAAUGCUAGGCAGUCUAAGGUAGAACUAUUUCAUAAGGUUUUAUAAAAAUGGACGUUUAAUAUAGAAACUAUAAUUCUCAUAUAUCUAAAAAAAUUCUUCUCCUUUUUGUACAUCUAUAUACUGUAUAGUUCUUUUCAACACUUAAACUUCAGUUUAAUUAUUCAAAUCGUUAUGUUCCUUGAAAGAAAAUUGUAUAUAUAAAAUGAUCUUUUUUAAUUAGACUGGUGUUUAUGGUAAAUCUAUUAUAUUAGAAAUAUUUGAAUUAUAUUUAAAUGUGUUUAGAAAAAAUUAAUCAAAUAGUAUAGAAUUUAUCAUAAUUUCAAGAAUAUGGUGUGAAAUCUUGCUAAAAUUAAAUAUUGGCGAGUGUUGACUAAUUUAUUAUUUUGUGCAAAUUACAGAUCUGCCAUUAUUUGUUUUUGGUUAGUCUUUGCUUAUAUGGAAUGGAAAAAAUUAGUUUUGAGUAAACACUUCUGUGCAAAUUUUAAAAUGUACAUAAUAUUACAUAAAAAUGUUAAUUUC